AUGACCAGGCCACUCGUCUCAGCAGCCACUCCCCUCCUCCGCCGGGGAGUGACGCACCACGCCCGUCCUCCUCGCAUGCCGGCACUCCGCUCGCCUCACGUGCCCUCACAGCCGCGCCAGUCCGCGGGCACCUCGACGCCCAACCCGGCCGCCGAGGUCCCCACCACCUCGAGCAGCAAGCUUGGCGGCUCAGGUCUCUCGUUCCACCACUCGCCUCCCCCGACUGCGCCAAGCUACACCACUGGUCGCAAGCCCGACCUCCUCCGCUGGAUUAGUGGCGAGGGCGUCCAGCUCACGGGUGAGGAGGCCGCGCCCCUCCGUCGCGCGCCGCGCGCACAUGCGCCCGUCGAGUGGUCGAGCGAGGUCGUGGCCCAGAUGAAGGAGAUGCGCGCUGAGGGCAAGUCGCGCGGGCAGAUUGCUGAGGCUCUGUCCAUCCCCCCCGAGCAUCAGCACGUGAUUCCCCGCGUCGCUCCUGCAUCCAAGGCGCAGCUCGCCGACAAGGCCGAGGCGCUCGAGAGGCAACAGGACAAGUGGUCGCCCGCGCGCAAGCUCAGCAGUGCGGUCCGCGAGCGCCGCAAGCUCUUCUGGUAG